AUGAGCGAUGCGACGGAGGCUCCGACGAGCGGAAAAGUCUACGAAUGGCUCCAUUCGAUUGUGCGCCGUCUGGCCGAGGAAUGGUGUCCGGGGAACUCGAUCAACCUGCUCCAGGAGACUGAAAUCACGGAGCUCUGCUACCGAGCUCGCGAGGCAUUCUGGAAAGGAACAAUUAAACUUGAUGUGGAGGCGCCAGUCACAAUCUGCGGAGAUAUACACGGUCAAUUCGAAGAUCUUCUUUGCAUAUUCUCGAUGAACGGAUUCCCUCAUGUACCGGACAAGGGAGUCCAUCCGAAGUGAGUCCUGUUUCCGGUCCCCUUGAGAUCCUUCCCUUUCAGAUACUUGUUCCUCGGCGAUUAUGUCGACCGAGGUCCGUUCUCAAUCGAAGUGAUCUGUCUCCUUCUGGCCUACCGUCUACUUUAUCCGAACUCUGUUUACCUGCUACGUGGCAACCAUGAGAGCCGUCCAGUCAACAUUCAGUACGGAUUCUACCUGGAGUGCAAGAAGAGAUAUUCGGUCAAUUUGUACGAGACGUUCCAAUUCGCAUUCUAUUGCAUGCCGCUCUGUGCUGUCAUCAGCAGUCGGAUCAUUUGCAUGCACGGAGGAAUCGCUGAAGAUUAUGUGGAUCUUGAGUCAGUUCGGAACGAAAUUCACUUUACACUACUUCUUUUCGCAGACAACUCGAGCAAAUGGACCGUCCGUUCGACAUUCCGGACGUCGGCCUCCUCUCCGAUCUGUGCUGGUCCGACCCGUGCACCACGGUCCUAAAUGGCAAGUACGACGACUCUCCCCGUGGCGCCGGCCGUCUUUUCGGAGAAGCGGCGCUCAACGAGUUCCUGAGCACGCUCAAACUGGAGCUCGUCGUGCGAGCUCAUCAAGUCGUCUACGACGGAUACGAAUUCUUCGGCAACGGCAAACUGGUCACGAUAUUCUCGGCGCCAAACUACUGCGGACACUUUGACAACUUCGGAGCCGUCAUGCACGUGAAGGGCAACAUGGAGUGCUCAUUCACCAUCUUCGGGCCCGACAAAGUGCUCAAUAAUCGGACGGAGCAAGCGAAAGCUGCCGCUUCUCCGGCUCCGGCUCCGACGGCGGCAGCAGCGGCGACCAAAUGUGAACGAUCAAUAAAAUAA